AUGGCGCCCACCAGGUGUUGGACAAGGAGGUCGGCUACUGCCAGGCUUGUUCCCCUUGCCCUCUCCGCCUCCCCUUGCCCUAUCCGCCUCCCCUUGCCCUCUCCGCCUCCCUUGCCCUCUCCGCCUCCCUUGCCCUCUCCGCCUCCCCUUGCCGUCUCCGCCUCCCUUGCCCUCUCCGCCUCCCUUUGCUCUCUCCGCCUCCCUUGCCCUCUCCGCCUCCCUUUGCCUCUGCCUCCCCUCUCCCUCUCCGCCUCCCUUUGCCCUCUCCGCCUCCCCUUGCCCUCUCCGCCUCCCUUUGCCCUCUCCGCCUCCCCUUGCCCUCUCCGCCUCCCUUUGCCCUCUCCGCCUCCCCUUGCCCUCUCUGCCUCCCCUUGCCCUCUCCGCCUCUCCUUGACCUCUCCGCCUCCCCUUGCCCUCUCCCCCUCCCCUUGCCCUCUCCCCCCCUUUGCCCUCGCUCCCUCCCCUUGUGUGCAUCCCAUGCCCUCUUGUGCACACACGGUUGCUCCUGUCUGUUCUGGACACGGUGCUUGA